GUGACCAUAUUCCAUUCCUUCCACUGAUAAGCCUCUUAAACAACCUGCAAAUGACAGUCAGUUUAUCUGCAGCUGUUUCAGUGCAAUGCCAGGAUAAUUACGCUGAAAUACAAAUCACUGCUUUGCUACCGUCUAUCUUCUCCUCUAGCCUGGGGAGCAGAAGCAGCCAUCAGAGACCAUGUUAGUACAUUUGGGCAAAGAUGGGAAAGCACGACACAACCUGUCCUCUGCAACUCUAGAUGGUGCUGUCCUGCCGCUGUCGGGCUGGCUCGCCUCGCAGUUGCCCUGUCUUGCUGUCUCUGAUUUCCCCUUCCUUGGGUGUCAUGUGAGUCAGCUAAGCCUGAAGCUGUAGGAAGAGGAGGAACCAGACAGACAGCUGUCCUGAGAAGGAAAGAGAGCCCAGAUGGGGAAGAGCUGCAAGGUGGUGGUUUGCGGCCAAGCCUCAGUUGGGAAAACAUCCAUCUUGGAGCAGCUCCUCUAUGGGAACCAUGUGGUUGGUUCCGAGAUGAUAGAAACCCAGGAGGACAUCUACGUGGGCUCGGUGGAGACGGACCGCGGGGUGCGGGAGCAGGUGCGAUUCUACGACACCCGGGGCCUGCGGGAGGGCCUGGAGCUCCCCAAGCACUGCUUCUCCUGCACGGACGGCUACGUGCUGGUCUACAGCACCGGCAGCAGGGAGUCCUUCAAGAGGGUGGAGCUGCUCAAGAAGGAAAUCGACAAAUGCAAGGAUAAGAAGGAGGUCACCAUUGUGGUUCUGGGCAACAAGUGCGACCUGCAGGAGCAGCGGCGCGUGGACCACGACGCGGCCCAGCACUGGGCCAAGGGCGAGAAGGUGAAGCUGUGGGAGGUGUCCGUGGCCGACCGCCGGACGCUGAUCGAGCCUUUCACCUACCUGGCCAGCAAGAUGACGCAGCCGCAGAGCAAGUCCGCCUUCCCGCUGAGCCGCAAGAACAAGGGCAGCGGCUCCAUGGACGGCUGAAGGCCUGGCCUCCCCUCCCCCAUGGCGCUUCCACCCUCUCCUGAGCUCUGGGGCGUUGGCACGAAGCCUGCUGAUGGGGGGGGCCUGGCCCCUGGCCACAGGAGGCAGCAUGGCGAGGACCCGGUGGUCACUGGGGGCAGUGAAGAUGCCUGGCCCGUCCCUGUUGCCUGGAGAGGGAGGGCGGCCUUGGGCGGCCGGUCUAAACUCAGGAUUCGCCCAGACCGAGCCCGGGAGCCCUGCGAACAGGCAGCUGCUGGCCUGGUCUCUGCUCCCAAAGCACAGGCUAGACAAAGCUCUCGGCAAACCCACUCCUUGGCCUGGCAGGGGGCUCCAACCGCCAUCUGGCCCCUUGUAACCCUUGCCCUGAACCUGGAGGGGAGCGUAUGGCAGUCCCUAGCGCCUUCCUCCCCCCUCCAGCUGUGCCGCAGAAUGCCCCGGCCUGUCCCCCGAAGCUCCUCCCUCCAGGCUGGUGCUGGAGCAGGUGCCCAGCUGGAAGGGGGCUCUGAGCUCCCCGGCUGUGGAGCCGUUCGGCUCCUGAACUAGACCCUGGAGCACAGUGGAGCUGGAGCGACAGCGUUCAUCCUCCAGGCCUCUCCGCUCACCACCAGGCACCUGCAAACCACCUGCUCUCUGCAGCUGGGGAGGUGGAUGGGGGCUCCAGGAUUGCUGGGCUCUGCUUCCAGAUGGCUCUUAGCCCCAUGCAUGCUGCACUUGCCUCCCUGGGGGCUGCGUAGAUCCUGGGGAACAAGGAACUGCCCUGGGUCCCUGCAGAACCUUCACUGUCCCCUGCCCCCAGCUCUUUAACUGCCUGAGCAGCCGGGAAAUGCACCUGGCCCCUCUGCAGCUGCAGAAUCGGGGCGCAUGGGUGAGGCCAGGCUGAGCAGAGCUUGGGGUUAGGUUCAUUAAGCUCAUCAGUGUCCAGGCAUGUCUGCCCUGAUCUGCGCCCUUUGAUCCCCAGCUGAAGGCCAGGCCAAGCCACGGCGUCGGGGUCGUGCCGCUGCCUCUGAUUCCCCUGUGCCCGGAGCUGAAGCCCCCCAGCAUGAGGAGCUCCCUGCAGAAGCCUGGGUGGGGGCAGCCAUUUGCAUCGCUCGUUAGGCAGGUGCAGCUCAGCUCAUUGCUGAGGAGCUGCUGCCCCCCCCACCCCCCGAGACACGUUUCCGACCUGCAGCUCUUUGGCAGAACUGGCGGGGGAGGGGAAGGGCUGCAGAGGUGCCUCAGUUGGCCAAGAACCAAGGGGUUAGUUUUAGAUGGUCCCUGAGCGUCUCCUUGGCCAGGAAUUUGGGACGGGAGGGAAUGUGCUUUGGCUGCUGGAGGGGGACGGGACUCACGGGGUCCCCUGGAUUAGCCCACCUGGCAGCAGGGCGUGUUCUGGUGCUGGGAAGUGAGGCUGGUGGGUUUUUUUCAUUAUUGCAUGUAUGUAAUCUCAUGUCAGAGGCAUGUAGAGCCGCUUCCUCCUGGUCAGCAAGCGCCGUCAAUAAACUCAGCUGCUCUCGGAGCGGGUGUGCUUCCCGGGAACGCGGCUGGCUGGGGGCAUGGCACGAGCCCUGGGCCUAGCUCCAGCCACCCGUGGCUCAGUAGCUCCUGCAGCCCGUUACCGAUCACAUUUGUUACUGGUCCGGCCUUCCAUGGAAAACUACAGGAAAAGCCUGGGCCGUCCUGAGCCAGCCCACCCUGUGGCCGGUUUUCCCCAGCCACUGGCUACAGGGCGAACGGUCCUUUGGCAAUUCCUAUUUCCACCUCUGCUUCCGGGGGCUCCCGCCUCGCGGGCCCAAAGAAAGGUGGCGCGA